AUGGCUCAGGAGAAAAAGCAAAAAAUACUGGAGAAUAGAAGAGUAAAAUAUGAAGAAAUGGAUCAAUCAAAGAAAGAGGAACUGCUUACUAAAAAUAUGAAUUAUAAAGAAACAAUGAGUAAAAAACAAAAGCAAAAAAUACUAGAGAAUAAAAGAGCUAAAUAUGAAGCAAUGAUCAAUCAAAGAAAGAGGAACUGCUUACUAAAAAUUUGAAUUAUAAGGAAACAAUGGGAGAAGAACAAAAACAGAAACUAUCAGAGAACAUGAGAGGCAAAUAUCAAGCAAUGGAUUUAUUAAAGAAAAAGGAGUCGAGUGCUAUGAGUUCAAGCAAAAUCAUGUCAAAUCGCAUCUCAUUGGAUCCAAAACAAAAAAUAAUUUGCUGAAUAGAGAGAAAGAAAAACGGAUGGAAAAGAAAUCUCUAACUCAUGACAUUGACAUGUGCAUUGAAAAAUUUAAAAAACAAAUUAAAUCAGGCCCAUUUUACAUAUGCUGUGUGUGUAACCGAACACUAUAUAAAAAGUCAAUAGUAAUCCUACAGAAAAAUAAAUAUCCUCGCCAGGAUUGUUUUAUGCUUCAAUGUUCUUUUGAUGGUAAAAACUACAUCUGCAAAACAUGCCAUGCUAAGUUACUUAAAGGUCAACAGCCUUGUCAAGCUGUGGUAAACAAUUUAUUUGUUGUUGAAACCCCUACUGAACUUGCUGCAUUGGAGAAACUUGAACAAAUUCUUGUUGCCCAGAGAAUAGUCUUUGAAAAAAUUGUAAUAAUGCCGAAAGGACAACAAAGAAAAAUUAAAGGUGCGAUAUGUAAUGUACCAGUUGAAUGUAGUCAAACAUGCAAUGUUGUUCCCAGACCGCCUGACAGAUCUGGGAUAAUUUUACGUAAAUUAAAAAGGAAACUUCAAUUUAGAGGUCAUGUUUACUUUCAAGCAGUUCGCCCUCAGUUUGUAAUUAACGCAUUAAACUGGCUUGUAGCAAACAAUCCAUUAUAUAGAAACAUUGAAAUUCAAUGUGACAACAUCAACCCAGAGUUGACUAAUUUGAACUGUCCUGUUACAGAUCAAGAAAAUAUAGAUGAACAUUUGCAAACUAAUGUAAAUAGAGAACUUCUUAAUGAAGAUGCUGAAGAACAAGAUGAUCCAUUAAAUGAACACCGUUCAGCUGCAACUGAAACCUGUCUUCAGUCCAUCUUGCCAAAUUAUCCUGUUAACCUGAUAUAA